AUGGCCCUAUCGCGGACGUGGUGCCGCUUUGCCGCGACGACAUACCGACAGUCGAAGGUAAGUGAUCGUUUUCAGCUGUUGAUCACAAAGAAAGAGGUGGAGUGUGACUAUGUUGCCGUGGAUGCGACGGCACUUGUCGCAAUGGGGCUGCGUCUUGCCAAAAAUGUGACGACGGAGCAACGACGACACAAGGAAGUGGCGCGCCACGUGGCACAAACGCUGCAGCAGCUGCUCAAGAAGGUGCGCUGCAAGAAGUCACUUCUUAUCGCCAUGGAUGGUGCAGAGGCACUGUUGAAGGCAGAACGCACGCGGACGAGUAGUCUGACGCGGAAAGUCGAAGGUCGUCUUAUGCGCCUCCCGGGAACAGCCCUCAUGCAGGCAGUGGAGGAGCGUCUGGUGCGCAUGAUGCCAGAACGGCAAAUUGUGCCCGGGGAGGUUGUGUUCUCCGGCACAUGUGUUCAUGGAUGUGUGGAACAAAAGAUGUCUGCGUGGGCGUUGGACCUGGCGUCUCGCGAAACCUUUAACGGGAGCGUGGACUCACUUUGCUUCAUUGGCGCAUCCGAGUUGUAUCUGAAUGUGAUGGCCCUAUCCCCCUUCUACAACAUCACUAGUGUCGUGCAGAAUAACGCCGACUUGCGACAAAUGCGUCUACAGGACAUUCUUGAAUGGCUCGAGCUGGACAAGAAGGCGAAGGAAGGGGAGAGCGUCGCGAUAGCAAAGAUGCGUACAGACAUUCUUUUCUUAUUUCUUCUCGCUCACGGUGCCUCUGCGACGGAGCUCAACCCGAUUUCGGGUGUGGGCUUCCAAGAGUUGGUGGAGCGCUACAUGAGUAGUAUAACCGCCACGCCGACUCCCGACGCCACACCGUCACCGAGUGGCCACCAAGCGACAUCAUCUGCAUCUGCGGAAGGGUCGUUUUUGUUUGAAGACGUCUCUGGAAAUGCGCUUCGCCUAAAUGUUCCUCUUCUUUGCCGCAUACUGCAGAUGGUAGCCCGUAAGGAGGCGGUACCUCGAACCGACGCAGUAUCUGAGAUGCAUCUGGAGCACACGCUACAGACACACGCCAUGUUAUGCCUCGGUGGGACACCGGAGUAUGAUUACCUCCCCAUAAUGCCAUCGCCACCGCAAGCCCAUUCCUCGACCCCCACUUUGGUUCAAUUCGCAGGGCAUCUUAGCGCACUUUGCGGUACUUCGCCAUACCGCAUUGCUCGUUGUGCCGUGCCGCGUCUUAACGCCACGGGUUCAACUGAGAAGAAUGAACAGGCGCCGGAAAAACGCCCUCUGACGGCUGCAGAAUACACAAUUCUCUGUCAAUCUUUGCCAGCUACGGUGGAAAGUUUGAUUCAUCAAUAUGUUGGUGUCGCACCAAAGCCGGAUGUUGGCAAGACAAUCACCACAGCGAGCACGGCUGAGGCUCAUAGAAUUGUGAGAGAAGUUUUGUCAUAUGCUAAUCCCAUGAAACCAAACAAGUGUUUGUGUCUUUCCCCAUCGUAUUGCUGGCUGCAGAGUGAGAAGACGCAACUUUGGCGGUUUGAGUACGUUGAUGUUGGUGUCCGCAGUUAUCAGGGUGAGACGCGUCGUGAACGUAACGCUAUAAAAGGUAUGACGUUGGAAAUAAAUAUGUCUCGUGAUGGACCGUCGCACUUUGCACCCUCCAGUGGGACGUGGGAGCCAAUCGUGAACUUCCCAUGUGGAGCGGAGGGAGAAAAAGGAACGACAACAAACACAAUAAAAGGCACCGAAGCGACAGCCACGGCAUUACAGGGGAAGGAUUUAACAAAGAAGGAUACAGAAUCGCCACCAGCAACAGAAACGGCAACGGAAAAUGAAGUUAAAUUGGAAGCGACGGCGCAGAAAGAUGCUUCUGAUCCUGUGUUAACUCCUCACUCGGCGCGUAGUAGCAAAGAAGGAGGUCGAUCAUCCAACAAAAACCAGACGACAUUAAAGUUGCUUACGUGGAAUGUCAUGUUUGAUCGGUAUAGCGGAAAGCCAACCCCGUUGGGAAUGCCUGGUAUUGAUUGGUGUUCCCCGAAACGGUACCCCGUUCUCGCAAGGGUUAUUCAGCAAGAGGAUGCAGAUGUUGUAGGCAUGCAAGAAGUUGAACCCGUUUUCUGGGAAUUUCUUUCAAAACAGCCGUGGAUGCGCGAGAAUUAUUACUUCUCAUGCGGUUACACAAGUCCAUCUAUUUCACCUUGGGGUGUGCUCAUGCUCGUGCACCGCCGGCGAUUUCCAGUUCAAAGCAUUACAUAUCUUAAUGUUCCCGCGUGGACAAAUCACGUCUCUUUAAUGCCUGUUGUGUGUCUUCAGUUGCCACAUGGGCCCGUGCACGUGGCCGCUGCACAUCUUUUGGCCCCGUACACAAAAUCUCAUGAGACGGCACGUACCUCCCAAGAUUCCGCGUUGCGGCAUCACAUGUUAAAGACAUUGACUGGUGAUGUUGUGACGAUGGGCGACUUUAACGACUGGCCCACAAAUGAGUUUCUUAUGCCGGCGGAAUCACAAUACGUUGAUUGUUGGCCGCUUAUUUACCCACACGAUGCUGGAAAAACGAUGGACGAGACGAAUACAUUUUGCAAACUGAAGGUGGAAGAGAUGUUUUUUGGACGUUCGGAUAAAUUGUUUUUGCGCAGUCGUCGUCUUGCUCCGGUGGAGGGGCACCUUGUAGGCACUAAAAGUGUGAACGACGAGAAUGGCAAUAAGGACGCUCCUGGCUACUUGUUUCCCUCGGAUCACUACGGUGUAAGCAUGACGUUUGCAUUGAAGCCGUGA